ACAAAACGUUUCGUUUUGCAACUAAAACGACAGUUUCUAUUGGACAAAUUCAGCUAGGUCUCUACACGUUUCGUUCCGUUUAAGAAACGUUUUGCAACAGUAUAGGUGUAAUGAAUACACCCCAGGCCUCCUCUCUAGGAUCGCGUUUUGGCGAAGUUGUGACACAUUUGGUUUCCCUAACUUUAUGAAGCAGUAUCUAUUCAUGUAACAGGAAUUUCAGUCUAAGCUUUUGUAACUUGAAUAGCAAUCCGGAUCAGGAGGAUCAUCUAUGAAUGACAACAAUAUGGAUUCUGAUGAAGUUCAACAAACAGAUGGCAGCACAUCAGAAGAAUCAACAAGUAGUCCUAAUCAAAGGAUGACAAGAAAUCAGAUCCUCACAUUGAUAUCAAUCGCAUCUGUCAACUUCAGCUCAAUGAUUUGUUACUCUAUACUGGGACCAUUCUUCCCCAAAGAGGCCAUGAAAAAAGGAGCCAGUCAGACGGUCAUUGGCCUUAUAUUUGGCUGCUAUGCUCUGUGUAAUCUGAUGGGCUCCUUAGUAAUGGGUAAAUAUAUUGUCCAGAUCGGGGCAAAGUUCAUGCUAAUUUCAGGCUUAUUUGUGUCGUCAGUGUGCACCAUUCUCUUUGGCUUACUCGACAGAGUUCCUGACGGAGCUACUUUUAUUGCUCUGUGCUUUAUCAUAAGGUCUGUUGAUGCUGUGGGCUUCAGUGCUGCAAUGACCUCUUCUUUCGCAGUUUCAACAAAAGUUUUCCCAAACAAUAUAGCAACUGUUCUGGGUAGUCUGGAGAUGUUUACAGGGCUGGGUCUUAUACUGGGACCACCAAUAGGUGGAUGGUUGUAUCAGUCGUUUGGAUACAAAGUUCCGUUCAUGGCUCUGGGAUGCUUUCUUAUUCUCAUGGUCCCCUUCAACAUGUACAUCUUACCAAGCUUUGCUGCUGAUCCUACCAAGGACUCCUUCUUCAGGCUGUUCACGCAUCUGAAGAUAGUCCUCAUAUGCUUUGCCAUAUUCACCCUGAGCUCUGGACUCGGCUUUCUGGAUGCAACCUUGUCCAUAUAUGCAAUUGAUACGUUUGACCUGUCUCCAGGUUAUGUGGGUCUUCUCUUCCUUGGUCUGUCGUUGCCUUACUGUCUGGCCUCACCUCUGCUUGGUAUCAUCAGUGACAGGUUUCCUUACACUAGGUCGUGGUUCAUGGUGCUAGGAGGCUUGUUUACAGCAACUGGCUUCUGGUUCUUAGGUCCUGUCCCCAUUCUGCAGAUACAGAGUCAGAUGUGGCUGGUGGUCUUCAUGCUGGGUGUCAUAGGAUUCUCUCUUAGCAUGACUGCCAUCCCCACGUUCCCUGAAAUACUUGAAUGUGCAUAUGAAAUUGGAUUUGAGGAGGGUCUGAGCACUCUUGGACUGGUGUCAGGAUUGUUUGGAGCAGUGUGGUCCAUUGGGAUGUUUUGUGGUCCAAUGCUCGGUGGCUUCAUCACACAACAGCUGAGCUUUGAGUGGGCUGCUUCUGUUCAAGGAGGCCUGGCCUUUCUAGCCGCUUUCUUUCUUGGUGUAUAUUUUCUCUGUCAAAGAACACGACAAGAAAGGGCUCCUCAGAUCCAGGGGACAAGACCUUCAGAUGAAAGUACCCAUCUUCUGACCUGAACAACGAUCAUCUACCAGGAACAAUAAUUUAAAAAAUUCUGCUGUGAGAAACUGGUCAAAUUAAAAUCCUACACCUGUAAAUGUACAUAGGUGAUAAAUGUAACUUGUAUUAAAAUGUAAAACUAA